AUGAAGAUCUCUGCUGCUCUCCUGUGCCUGCUGGUCAUAGCUGCCACCCUCACCACCCAGCUGCUCGCCCAGCCAAAUGGGGUUAAUACCUCAACCUGCUGCUACAAAUUUGCCAAAAUGAUCAUCUCCAAGGAGAAGCUGGUCAGCUACAUGAAGAUCACCAGCAGCCGGUGUCCCAGGGAAGCUGUGAUCUUCAAGACCAUAAAGGCCAGGGAGAUCUGUGCAGACCCCAUGCAGAAGUGGGUUCAGGAAUACAUGAAAUACCUGGACAAGAAGAAAACCCAAAUACCAAAGCCUUGA